AUGGACUCCUCUUUCGCCAUACCCGCACAGGACAAUGCGCACACCACGAGCGGGCUGCCAGACGCCCAGGACAUGACUCGCCACUUGAACAGGCUGGCCAAGCACCGAGAGGCAAACGCUCUCAAAGAGCUUUACAAGUAUAUGGCUGUCCCAGGAAUGAUUACAAUGGCCGGAGGUAUACCUCACCCCGAAGUCUUCCCUUUUGAGACCAUCUCAGCAACCAUCUAUCAGUACAAUGCGUUCCCCCUCAACCCACCUCGUACUCCGGAAAAGGAGGAGAAGAAGUCGUUGCUUUCUUGGCUGUUCCCUUCCAAGGCCGCAUCCCCGACCUUGUCCUUCACUAUCCCAAAGUAUGCCUCUGGUGCUACUAAUCCUCUCACAAUCGAGCUUUCGACUUCUCUCCAAUAUCAAUCUGCUGCAGGCCCACCUGCUCUACCUCUGUUUUUGCGAGAGUAUGUCUCAAAAGUAUACAAACCCGCGUACGCCGAUUGGGACGUCUUGAUCAAUGUUGGUGCAACCGACGGAUGGGGCAAAAUUUGUGCCAUGCUUCUCGAAGUCGGAGACGCUGUCCUCGUCGAAGAGUGGACGUAUCCCGGCGCCGAGAAUACUUUUGUCCCUUACGAGGUGGAAAGAGUUCCCGUCAAGAUGGACGGUGAAGGGCUUCUGCCUGGGCAUUUGGAGGACGUUUUGGGCAACUGGGACGAGGAAACGCGUGGAAAGAGGCGGCCUCAUGUCCUCUACACCAUUCCCACUGGACAGAACCCCACUGGUGCUACCAUGCAGGCCGAAAGGAAGCAGGAGAUCUACAAGAUUUGCCAGAAAUACGAUGUCGUCAUUUGUGAGGACGAGCCGUACUACUGUUUGUACACUGGUGAAUGGACACCCAAGGACACCAAGCACGAGCGAUCCAUUGUCGCUCAUCGCCGGAUUGAGGCUGAGAUGAAGGAGGGCAGCGAGGGUAACCAAGCAUUCAUCGACGCCUUACCACCAAGCUUCUUGGCGUUUGACACCGACGGACGUGUCAUCCGUAUGGAUACAUUCUCCAAGACUUCUGCGCCCGGAUCUCGGUUGGGCUGGAUCACUUCCUCGCCUUUGUUUAUUGAACGCCUCACCCGAGCUACCGAAGCCAGCACCCAAGCUCCCAGUGGAUUUGCCACUGCGUUGACUACUUCUAUGAUUCAGCAAUGGGGCUUCGAGGGUUACAUCCGCUGGUUGAGAGGUAUCAAGGCCUUGUACAACAUGCGUAAGACCUGGCUGUGUGACAUCUUCCAGGAAGUAUUCCAUCUCGAGUUCAACGAAAGCAGCUCCCUGUUCCCUGAGCGCUCGAGAACUGUGACCUGCUACUCCAAGCGAACCCAGAACGCCUGGGAUGAAAAGACGGGAAAGCGAGGCCGUGCCCUCAAUUUCGCUGAUACCUCCAUAGCUGGAAUGUUCAUCUUCCUGGGUGUCCACUUCAAGGAGCAUCCCGACUACCAUGCACUUUCGCAGCAAGGCGAGGAUGCUACCCUGACGCUCACUAAAAAGCUUUGGGAGUUGCUUGCCGACAACUUGGUCUUGUUUGCUCCUGGCUGGGGCUUCGAUGCCGGUGGUGAGCAUGCCAUCGGCGGGAAAGGAUUUGGUUAUUAUCGCCUUGCCUUCUCUGUCGCUACGCACAAGGAGUUCCAUGACGGAAUCACCCGCUUCUCAGAGGUCUUGCACCAAUUCUUCCGUAUCAAGUAG